UAUAUUUAUGAACAGCCCCGCAGCUGACUGCGUCUCUUCCCGUGCUAUGACCGGAGGCGGUGAGUCGGGCUGCUCUGCCGACCAAUCACAGCCCGCCGUUCUCCCGGAGGUCAAAGGUGACGCACAGCUGACCUCCCAGCAGACCGGGGGCUCCAGACGGCAGUCGUCUGGUCAGGUGCCGCUCCGGUUGGAGAGUGAACGCCGCAAACAUGCUGCAGGACUGGUUCUUUGGCACCGUGCUCUCCAAGGAGACCUCAGAGUACCGAUGGCUGCCGACGUUCUCCGAGGUGGACGAGAGCUGCGACAGCGUCGACCUCAAGGAGGACGAGGACCACCACAAGACGCUGGAGCUGACCAUGGCCGUGCUCAGCCCGGACGCCAAGCAGGGCGAGGUGCAGGAGAUUGAGGUGUCUACCAAGGACUCCCGGGAGGCCGACGUGGCCGUCACGAUAGCCGUGCUGGUCGGCGGCUCCAUCUACCAGUCGCUGCUCAAAGUCGAGCUUCCCCAGGUGCCCGCCACUAUCAGACUGAAGAGGGGCGAGGGACCCGUCCAUUUAAUCGGAAAGGAGUAUGUCGACCGGGACAUUGACCCGGACGAGGAGGCGGGAGAGGAGGAGGAAGGCGAGCUGGACGAGGCGGCAGAGGAGGAGCUCGUCGUCGAGCCGCCCGUACAGAAGAUUGACACCAAGAAGCGGAAAAAGCCCGAGACAAACGGCAAAGCUGCCAACAGCAACAAGGCCAAGCGGUCCAAGGUAGAGGCAAAGAACGGCACAGAAGACGAGGACGAUGAGAUGGACGACGAGGAAGACGACAUGGAGGACUCGGACGAAGACUACGAGGAGGAGGCGCCUCAGGCACGCGGGAAGAAGGCCGCCAAGAAGGGAGCCGCGACAGCCGCUGACACAGCAGCAGCAAAGAAAGCCGCUGCGGCGGCAAAGAAGGCUGCAGGAGGGUCCGGAAAGAAGGCAAAGAAGGGCGCGAAGGCGAAGGCUUAGUCAAAAGAGCGUUUAGAUGACGUGUGUUUAUAGUUGGUGUUGAAUAUACUUGAUAACCAUUGAACUGAA